CCAGGAAGACACGUGGGUCCAAGUGUGCAGGCAAAGUUAGUGGUGCUGUAUUACCGGUGUUUCAGCGCAGACAGCGAGCCCGAGCCAUGGAACCGGUGCUGAACCUGAAUAAUGAGGUUGUGAAAAUGAGAAAAGAUGUCAAAAAGAUCAAAGUUCUAACAAUCCGGAAACUUACGCGGAACAUUGCGAAACUGAAAUCCAAGAAGGGGACAGAAGAGCUGCUACUUAAGAAUCAAAGGAGGGCACAGAGGCUACUUGAAGAAAUCCAUGCUAUAAAGGAGUUAAAACCUGAUGAUGUGACAAAAACAGCUUUACAGAAAGAAAUCAGCUUUGACAAUGUGUGCAAAAAGCCAAACAGCACUGCUGAAACACGAGCCAUUGCCAGGCUAGCAACACACCCAUUACUGAAGCAUAAAAUUGCAGCUUUAAAAGAGGCUAUAAAGGCUUUUAAAGAUGCAAGGCGGCAUCUUCCAGAAGGGGAAACUGUAAAAAAACAAGAUCACAACCUGCCUGAAUCUGACCAGAACGAGGGCUCUAAUGUAGAAGUAAAAAGUAACCAAGGAAAAGCAAAACCAAAAAGAAAAGCAGAAGAAACAAAGCAAGUAGAAACAAAGCAAGUAGAAACAAAGCAAGUAGAAACAAAGCAAGUAGAAACAAAGCAAGUAGAAACAAAGCAAGUAGAAACAAAGCAAGUAGAAGCAAAGCAAGUAGACGCAAAGCGAGUAGAAGCAAAGCGAGUAGACGCAAAGCGAGUAGACGCAAAGAAAGUAGAUGCAAACCAAGAAGAAAAAAAGACCGAUACCUUAAAUGAACAAGAGUGCAAAAGAAUAUUUGCAGAACCUGACUACACUACUGAAAAUGCAUUAAAUAAUUCAGAAAGUCUACCGGCUCAAGAGAAUAUGACAGUACAGACAAUACAAACUAACACAGAAGUCAAGUCUGCAGCAGUUGAAAGGAUACCUGAAGCAGUAAAAAGUAUAUCUGACAAGAAAGUUUUGGCACAGAGUUCUAGCAGGGAUUCUAGUGAUAUUGAUGACUCAGACAAAGAAUAUUUUGAUGAUAGUACAGAAGAAAGGUUUUGCAAGCAUUCCUCUGGUUUUGAAGACAGCGAUAGUGACAGCGAAGAUGACUUUUUUAUUGGCAAAGUACGACAAACAAAGAGAAAGAAGUCAGAUAAAAUAUGCUCAGAGGGAACAGAAAAAAAGAAACCUUCAUCAAAACCUGCUACAAAAGAUUCAGAUAUGAAACACGGGAUUACUGCCCCUAAACCUGUAAAAAUACAAUCACUCUUCUGCAAAUCAUUAUCAGACACCAAACAGAAGACUUCCUUCAAGAAAAGGGAGACAAAUUUUCCACCUGCAAAGGAUAGAAAAACAAUUGUUCCUCCAUCAAACAAACUAAUAUGGCAAUCACAGCCUAGCAGAGGUCCAGCUAUGAAGCCCAAGAGUAAACCUCAAGAAUCACAACAAUCGCUACACCCCUCCUGGGAAGCCAGUCGUAGGCGCAAAGAACAGCAGUCUCAAAUUACAGCAUUCCAAGGAAAAAAGAUAAUAUUUGAUGAUUAGUUUAGUUUUAUAUGUUGAGGUCACUGUGCAGCAUAUUUAAGUUAAAUGUCCUUUACAAGCAUAUGCUCAUUCCAAGAUCUUAUAAUAAAAACAUUGUGUGCUCUGUUUGCAUUGCGUUUGCAUUUUAACAUUUGUUUCGAUAUAGAUAAGAAUCAGAAAUCCAAACAUUAUGCAGGCUGCAAGCUGCCAUGUCUGUAAUGCACCCAUUGAAACAUCAAAAUAAUACAGAUAUUCCGGAUGUCUCUCAACACAGACCUCUUAGAAUAAGAUUGUGUUGGGACACCAGGAGAUAAAGGUUUCAUUUUAAAAUGAAACUCCAAUCGUGGAAAUGUUUGAAAAGUAUGUUAUGUAAUUUGAUUUUAGAGGAGGACAAAUUUUAUAUAUUUAAAUGUAAUGUGAUGAGUAAUAUUAUUACAAUGUUGUAUGUUACAUGUCAAACUUAAUUCUGCAUUGGAAAUAAAAUUCCUGAAAUUUAUGUCUUGGCUUUGGCCAGAAAACUUAACUAAAAGAAAAGAAAAAUCUGAUUAAAUUAAUUAAACACUGAAAGUAAGUGGCAUAUCUUUAGGGGAAGUUAUGUACUUGGAAUAACAACUGUAGAACAUGUAUGAGACAGAGAUGGGUAUUUUUCUAAACCCCUACAUACUUAUUAGCCCUUAAUAGGGAACACAUGGGCUGGGCGGCCGCAUUGUAACAUGGCUGUGUGAUACGAAAGCAAAUACACA